UCUCUGCAUCUCGUUCUCUGGUCUCGCCUCCACCUCGACUGCUACCCAAGAUGUCUGGCGACAUGUCGGCCCUCACUCCAGAACAACAAGCGGCAAUCUUUGCCCAACUCGUCGCAGGUCUCACAGACUUGUCGUACGGGAAAUACGCGCUGCUCGCCGG